UGAAAAAAAAACUAAGAUCUCUGAUUCAUCAGAAUCCAUAGAUCAAGUUGAAAAUGAUAUUAAAUACAGUAUUGAGAUAAAUCGUUGGAUUUCAACACCCCUUGGUAUAUGGCCAGUUGAUAAAAAUGCUUCAAUGAAUGAAAAAUUAUUAUCUAAAGCAUUAAUUAGUAUUUGUUAUCUACUCAUGUGUUUUAUAUUCAUACCUUAUACUCUUCAUAUGUUUAUCACUGUAAAGGAUUUAGAAACAAGAAUAAUGAUGUGUGGGCCUCUCAAUUUUGCUAUUAUGGUGAUGAGUAAAUAUAGCUUUUUGAUUGCAAGAAAGAACUACAUUCGUGAAUGCAUCAAUAAUAUUAGCUUAGACUGGAGAAGAAGCAAUACCAAAGAAGACCGUGAAAUUAUGCUUACAUAUGCCAAACAUGGUAGAUUUAUUUCGAGUCUUUGUGCUAUGUUUAUGUACGCUGGUGGAUUUUUUUAUUAUACUGCCAGACCAAUUUUAGCAAGCAAAGCUUUAUCAACUGUUAAUGUUAGUGUACGAGUUUUACCGCAUCCUAUUUAUUCAGGAUUAUUUAGUGCUGAAACAAGCCCAAGUUAUGAAAUUGUAUUCUUCUUCCAAUGGCUUUCAGAAUGUGUUAGGUACAGCACAAAUGUUGCAGCAUGCAGCUUAGGUUUAGGUUUUGUUCUCCAUGUUUGUGGUCAGCUGGAAAUUGUUGUGGGGAAGCUUGAAAAUUUUAUUUGUCCAUCAGACACAAGAUAUGAAGUGAAACGUAAAAUUGCAGAAAUUAAUGAACUCCAUCUACGAUCAAUGAGAUUCAUAGCUCAUAUUCAAUUAAUACUCAGUGAGGUGUGCUUUGUCGAAUUUUGUGGGUGUACUAUCAAUAUGUGCGUUCUUACUUAUUAUACUUUAGUGGAAUUAGAAAAAGAUCAUGUUGAACCAGCAGCUAUUCUAGCUUAUGUGAUCCUUUUCAUAUCUUUUACAUUUAAUAUUUUUAUCUUUUGUUAUAUUGGCGAAAUUUUAUCUCAACAGGGACAAAAAGUUGGUGUUACAGCAUACAUGAUUAAUUGGUAUAAUUUACAAAAACAAGAUGCAUUAGGAUUGAUAUUACUCCUGGCAGUAUCUAAUCGUCCAAACACUAUCACUGCUGGCAAAAUGACAGAAUUGUCAUAUCGUAAUUUUUGUGCUGUAAGUAAAUUCAUUGCAACACUGGUGAUAAGUGGUAUUUUUUAUCAUACUAUUGCACCUCUUGCAAGAGGAACAAUCUUAACAGCCAACAAUGUCAGCAUUCGACCACUACCUCAUCCAGGAUUUAUUGUUGUUGAAACAAGUCCUCUAUAUGAAAUUUUUUUUAUUGCUCAAUGGUUUUCAGAUUUUGUUAGAUACAGUGUUGGUGGUGCAAUGUGCAGUCUAGGUGUGACAUUUGUUCUUCAUAUAUGUGGUCAACUGAAAAUUAUCAUGUCUCGACUUGAGGAAUUCAUUGAUGCUGACACCUUGGCAGUUACAAACAUGAAGAAAAAACCAGAGAUACUUUGUCAGGUGCCUGAACUGACAGAACAAUCCAAAUCUGACAUAGAAUAUAGUAUAGAAAUGAAUCGGUGGUUUUUGCAACCAAUUGGUCUCUGGCCAGUUGAAUUAAAUGCUUCAAAAGUAAAAAAAAUCUUAUCAGAACUUUUAAUUAUGAUUUGUACUUUACUUUUAUGUUUUAUUUUUAUUCCAACCAUGUUUCACAUGAUAAUUUCUGAAAAAGGAUUCAAAAGAAAAUUAACAUUAAUAGGGCCAAUGAGUUUUAGUGUUAUGGUGAUGAGUAAAUAUUAUUUCCUAGUGAUGAGAAGAGGAAAAAUGCGUCAAUGUCUAGACGACAUUAAUAUAGAUUGGCGAAGACUAAGACGAGAUAACGACCGAAAAAUAAUGGUGACUCAUGCAAGACAUAGCAGAUUCAUUACAACACUUUGUGCUAUUUUCAUGUAUGGUGGUGGGCUGUUUUAUCAGACUAUUGCACCACUUUCUCGAGGCAAAAUUUUGACAGCUAAUAAUAUCAGUAUACGUCCUCUACCAUAUCCUGUUUAUUCAGGAUUGUUUGUUGCUGAUCACAGUCCUUAUUAUGAAAUUGUUUUUAUAGCUCAGUGGUUUUCAGAUUUCGUUAGAUACAGCAUCAGUGUUGCUACAUGUAGCUCAGGAGCAAUUUUAGCGCUUCAUGCAUGUGGUCAGUUAAACAUCAUCAUGUCUCGACUAGAGACUCUUGUUGAUGAAACAGACUCACCAUUUGAGUUAAAAUUAAAAAUUGCAGAGCUUAUCGAACUUCAUCUUCGUUCGAUAAAUUUUAUAAUUCGUAUAGAGGAAAUAUUAAAUGAAGUAUGUCUUGUAGAAUUUCUUGGAUGCACACUAAAUAUAUGUUUAUUAGGUUACUACAUUUUAGCGGAACUUGAUAAAGAACAUCCAAGAGCUAUUGAGAUACUGACAUACAGUGUUUUGUUCAUAUCAUUUACAUUUAAUAUUUUUAUAUUUUGCUACAUUGGUGAAAAACUAUCUCAGCAAAGACAAAUGGUUGGCUUUGUGGCGUAUAUGAUUGAUUGGUAUAAAUUAUCAGCAAAGAAUGCAAAAUUAUUAAUUUUGGUGCUCAGUAUGUCCAAUUAUCCAAUAAAUAUUACUGCUGGAAAAAUUGCAGAGCUGUCAUAUCGAAGUUUUUGUAGUAUCCUUAGAACUUCGUUAGCAUAUUUAAAUUUACUAAGAACUCUUGUAAUAUAAAACUACUUUUAUGGUGUAUUAUAUAAUACUUGUACUAACAUGAAAUUUUUAAACAUUAGUAAAUUC